ACUAUGACUAACGUUGCCUUAGUAGUGGGAGCAGCAAGCAAUAUAGGUUUUCAUGUACUAAAAAAACUUACAACAGUGUAUAAAGGAAAGAUUUACUUCACAACAGAAGAUGCUGCUACCGGAUACAAUAUACAAGAGACGUUGGAAGGAAACGCUGAUGUUGAAUUCAUACAAAUGGAUAUAACUUAUACGAAGAGUAUUAUAAAAUUGAGACAUCAUAUACAAGAUCUGGAUGAAAGAAUUGAUUUAUUAAUCAACAAUACGGAAUACGUAGCAACGGAUAAAAAAAUAACGCACGCAGAAAAAGUGAGAAGGACAUUAAGUGUGAAUUUCUACGGAUAUAUCAAUUUUGGUAAAUUAGUUUAUCCAAUACUUAGUGAAAACGCAAGAGUAGUGAAUGUAUCAGGACCGGCUGGUUUACUGGCUACAAUAGAAAACGAAGAUAUUAGACGAAGAAUCAGCGAUCCAUAUCUCACAGAAGAUGAGCUUGUAGCUAUAAUGCAGGAGUACGAGGAAGCUGCUAGGAAGGGUAUCGAGAAGACUGAAGGUUGGGGCAUGAGUGUUACAGCAGUUAGCAAAGUUUCCUUAAACGCUGUAACAUUUCUACAACACAGGGAAUGGUUUGAUAAAGGCAUUGUUAUAAAUUGUGUGAAUCCUGGAAAUAUUUCGACUCGAGAAGGAAGGAAGACAGCUAAAGUAUACGAAGAAGGUGCUAAAGCUAUUUUGUAUUUAGCAUUAGAAGCUCCAUUAUCUAUUAAAGGUAAUUUUGUAUGGAGUAAUUAUAAUGUCAUUGAAUGGAACAGUGAUCCAUACGUAGAAGUGACAACUGUUUAAUUAUUUAAGACUAUUUAAUUCUUCUAAUAUUAAUUUAUUCUACUAGUUUGUUAAUUAUAAAUUAAUGUGUAAUUUUCAUAACGGCAGUCAUUAUGUACGUUUACAUAUAUGUAGAUUAUCUAGAUUAUAUGUGCGUAAACGAUUAAUUUUUGAUUGUGAAAUAUGAAGUUUGUGUCGUACUAUCACGUAUCAAAUAUUAUAUAUGUCAUAGAAUACUAUCUCACUAUUAAAGAAUGUUAAAUUUAAACCAUUUUUUCUUAAUAAUAGUGUAAGCCAAAGUCUGUAUAUGAACGUGAGUGUCGAGUCCGUCGCUGUGUAAAAACCGUACAAAUGUUAACACUAUCGACAUUAAUGUCGGACAUUCAUGUCGUAAUUUAUGUGCCAGUCUAAUUGAGCUAUAAUCCUAUUGUCAAAGUGUCAAGUUUUAGAAUCAGUAUCAGACUUAGAAAAUUAUAAUGAAACUGUCCAAUAAAAUUGCUACUAGAUGUGAUAG